UUUGUUGACGGGUUACGCACCGUCCCGUAAAAUUGAACCUCAUGGAGCUGCUCUCUUGUACCUGACCUCUUCCUCUCGCAUCUGAUUAGGGGGUCGAAAAGCGUAACCCUAAUGGUCUAAUCUCCAUCAGAAGCUAAAAUCAGUUAACCUCAAUCUAGGAAGGUGAAUUUGAUCGAAGCGAUAACCAUGUCGGUUCGAUUGCUCAGAAAAGUUUUGAAAGAACAAGAAGAGCACAGGAAAUUGGCAGAUCAUGACCUCGAGGUUAACGACCACGAGUCCGACUUUCCUCUGUCGCCAUCUCCGCGAAACCCUUUUGAUCUUCUUGACGAUCAGGGGGAUGAGCUGGACGCUGCUGGUGAAACCUCAGAAGGAGAUGUUGAUGACCAAGAACCCCCUGUUGUUAAGAGCUCUACUAAAGAGCUUCCUUUACCUAAUCACAAACCAAAGAAGAAGAAGAAGAAGAAAAGGAUGGAAGAGGAUAAAACUUCUAAUGAAAAUAAAGAUGUAAAUUCUAUUGAUGCUAUUUUAGAAUCUCUGUCAAUUGAUACAAAUUCAUCAAAUCAGCAGUCCGGCUUCAUAAAAGCUGAAGUAGAGAAUACGAAAGUUCACAACAACCUCGUCAAGCAAUGCAAAUCUUCAGUACUCUUGGUGGAUCCCAAAUUUUUAAGGGCUGAAAAUGAGUUGCGAAGAAUAUUUGGUUCAAAAGUUGUGAAUUCAUUUGAGAAUAGCCAUAAUAGUGGUAGUUCAAGGCAGAUGCGGGGAGGAAGACGUGGAAGCCACAAUCCUCGAAAAACAAUUCUUGUUGCUCCAUCAGGUCACUGGCCUCGCUGGGAUGGAUCUUUGUCCAUGGAACUUUUAGAGAGUAAGAAUGGAGUCCACUAUUUUCGAUAUUUGCACUUGACUUCCUAUAGCCAAGCACAAAGAGCAUUUGAAGCUGCCAAAGCAAUCCAUGAUCUCAAUGGUAUAGCAAGUAUUUUAGUGUACCACCCCUAUCAUGUAGAGUCACUCCUAACCAUUGCUGAGGUGCUAAAGUUUUCUGGAGAACAUCAAUCAUCAGCAGAUUCUAUUGGAAAGUGUUUAUAUGCGCUGGAAUGCGGUUGGCAUCCUCUAUUCAGCCCUUUACAGGGUAAUUGCCAGUUGAAAUACAGCCAUGACACAAAUAAACCGUUAUUCUCCGCGCUGUUUGCUCACAUGCAAAACAUGGACAGGCGUGGGUGUCAUCGAUCAGCCCUUGAAGUCUGUAAGCUGUUGCUUUCACUGGAUUCUGAUGAUCCGAUGGGGGCCAUGUUUUGCAUUGAUUACUUUGCUCUGAGAGCACAAGAGUACGCAUGGUUAGAAUGGUUUUCUGAGGAGUACAGUUGUGAUAACUCGUUAUGGUUGUUUCCAAACUUCUCGUAUUCCCUAGCCAUUUGCCGGUUUUAUCUUGAAUGUGAGUCUUCCUCAGAAGAUGCUCGCAUGGAAACUGAAAAGGCUACAUCAGAAGAUCUUAUGAAGCAGGCUUUGAUGCUUCACCCCUUAGUCCUUAAGAAGUUAGUGGCAAAGGCACCUUUGAAGGAUCCUGCCUGGACAAAGAUACUUAAACAUGCCUUUUUUGGAUCUGCUGUGGCAGGAAGCCCAUCCUUAGAUCACCUGAUUAAUAUAUAUGUAGAGAGGAAUUACAUUAUGUGGAGGUUUCCAGAUCUCCAGAAGUUAUUGAGGGAUGCUGCUCUGCAGUUGAUUGAAAUGUUGGAUCACAAUGGAAGUGAUGCUAAGGAUUGGGCUUGUGUAAGGAAAGAGGCUUUUUCAUCGGAGAUCAAUGAGUAUUCCCAUUUGUUGGUUUCAGAUUUCUCCGACUCAGUGCCAACGAUGCCACCUGAAGACAUGCAGCAUUUGAUGAUCGACCCAAGGAUGGCACAGAAUGUGCAGAAUGGUCACCACAAUGCCAAUCCUGAGGAAGCUACCCGGGCUCCACGUGAGGUUAUGAAUCGAAAUCCCGUGCUGGUGUUCUUGGAGUCUAUGCUACCAUGGGUCGAUUAUGGGGCUGCCUACGAGAAUAAUGAGCUUGACGGUCAUGAUGAAUGGAAUGAAGAUUGAUUAGCAUCACUAAUCUAGGUUGGUGCAUUAGUGGUGACUAAGAUGAAUGCAAUUCUCUCUCUCUCU